AUGUUUAUUGAUGUCUUCACAGUAGUUUUGUUAAUUUCAGUUAUUUUAUUCGAGAAUGUUGACUGUGCGAGUAUCGAUCUAAUCCGGUAUCAUGCAAAUCUUUAUCGAUGUGGAGAAAUAAUUAUUGAUGAAGAUCUUAUACGAUCAUUAUUUUAUUAUUUUAUUACAAUGAAACCAGAAGAACAUGAAAGUAAAAAUGAUUUAAUUCCCGUAUUGCAUUGUUUAGUACGCAUUGAAAUUGCAUGUCGUUCAGCAUAUUUAACUUCAAAUGAAGAAAUACGAAAUCCUUCGAUUCUCUUUAAUGGAUUCAAAUGGUUGAAAUCAACAUUUCAAUCUUGA